UGUGGCAGCAGUGAUACAUAUAUGACGUACUUGACGUUCAUGACGUUCAUGACUUCUGUGUUCUUCAUGAGGUUCAUGAGGUUCAGUUCAUGACGGCGACAGUAGAAGUAUGCGUCAUGUGUUGUUCGUGGUUUUCAAGAUGGCAAAUGUUUAACCUGAGUUGCUUUAAUUGAUUCGUAGACUUUACGUUCAAGGUGAUAACCAGCGCAUGUUAUCUACGUAGAAGGUUGCCAUUCCGUUUAUUUUUGACAGAAAAGUACUGUUAAUACGAGUAGCUACUUCCAGAAUUUACCAUACAACUGUGUUAUUAUUUGCAAUUUACAAUGUUGAUCACCGAACACAGCCAAGACUUGUCAAUGGACUUAUCCGGCAUGUUUCUUUCCGAUUUAUCUCCCACCGAUGAUACUUUUAAUUUCGGUAUUAUGGAAUCCCAGGAAAAUUCGUCCACAUCAACAUCAAAUACUCAUUGGUUCAAUUUCGAUAUGGACUGCCCUUUACCUCGUGAUGAUGAUUUCCUGCAGCAGCUCUCAAAUGAUCUUGAGAUUCCGAUGUUGCUAGAUGAUUCCUCUGAACAUAUUUUAAAUGACUCUACUGAUGACCUGAUGCAAGACAACUCAUUACACGAAGACCUAUUAGACCCCUACUCUGGUCUAGAUGAGCUGGCAGAUGUCGAUCCCAUGCAAUGGGGUCCUGAAGCAUUCCCAAAUCUUGCUCCCUUGCCAGAUGAACGUGACUGCCAAAUUAAGGAGGAGAUAAAAAUUGAGCCAGUCUCCCCAGUCACCAUCCUACCUCCAUCUCCGUCCCCGUCAAGUUCUUCUAGCUCAGAUGCAUGGAUAGGGGGAGAGUCAGUAUCAGAAGUGAAGUUUGUGUUGGAAACACCACCCAUCUCACCACCGCAUUUGAGUGAUGGAAGCCCGCCCAGUUCUCCUUGCCCAAAUGGCAGUACUACCAACAGAAAUCACGACUCUGUUGUAAUGAUGUCCCCAAUUAAAAUUGUGCCUGUGUCAAAGAAUGGUAUAAAGGUAGGAGGCGGCACAAAAAUUAUGAUAACACAGCAGGCAGCAAAUUCAACAAAGAGCAUAAACAUUCAACCAAAACCUGAACCAGGAAUUAACUCAGCAUUACCUGUUGUGACUGUCCCAAAAAUUAACAAAGACACAAGGACGAUAGUAUUGACAGCAGAUGACUUUGCAGCUUUAACAAGACAGGUAAAAAGUCAGUCAAAUGGCACAAGUAAGAGUCCUCCAACUGUGAGGAUACAGGCUUUACCUUCAAAACAGUCACAGUCUAAGCCACAAAUGCUGGUGAAAGGGCAACCUCAAUCAAAUCCUACGACAGCUUCAGUCACGAUACCGGUACAGCAACCAGUGGCUAACAACAAAGUACCAAUAAUGAAGAAACCUGUCACUGCAGCUGUAACCAAUAUUUCUGCAACACCAGUUGUAACUACAGCUCCGCCACCUGUGAAACGUGUUCCUCAACCCAUUCCAGGGAGGCAAGAUUUGGAGAUGAAGGCAAUAAAAAGACAGCAGCGAAUGAUUAAAAAUCGUGAAUCGGCUUGUCUGUCAAGAAAGAAGAAAAAGGAAUAUGUAACAUCUCUUGAAAAUCAGAUCUCUGAGCUUCAGCAGGAAAAUGUACAACUUAAACUAGAAAAUAUUGCAUUGAAAGAAAGACUGACACUAUACGAAGAAAACUCAACAUGGAAAAGACCAGGAGUUUUGAGUAGUAACAUCAGGAAAACCACAGCUAUGUUAGCUGUGCUGUUUGUGGUCUCAGUCAAUCUUGGCUCCUUUGGUGGUCUUUUCCACAGAGGGCCUGAUCCAUUUGUAGAACUCCAGGGUUCUCCUGCAUCACAGAAAUUACCUAGUGCAAGACAUGGACGGUCACUGCUGUGGACAGAUAUGGACAGGAAGAAUUUACCAGCCAUAGAAGAUCCAUUUAGUGAUAUAGACUCAAUUUCAAAUUCAUCAAAUAUACAUCCAACAUGCCCAAUGUUUAUCAAUCAGACUGAAUCCAUAAGAUUAGAUAGUGAAUUACGCCGCUGGAUUGGAGUGGAUCUUGAGUCAGAGAAAUUGACAAAGCAGCCAGAACCAGAACUUAAGUCUCUGGGUGAAUUAUUAUUGCCUUUGCCAACCACAGAACUACCAUCCCGCAAGUUCAAACCAAAGAGAAAAAUACGAAUUUCACGUAAACAGCCAGCUGUCAGCAAUGAAGUGGAAGUGUACGGCUUAAGACCUCAGCAGUAUAAUUAUGCUGCCUUCUUUGAGGCAAUACAUAGAAGGGAUGAUACAUUUUAUGUGGUAUCCUUUUCUGGAGAUCAUCUCCUUGUGCCAGCUCUUGCACAUAACAAGACAGUACGACCGAAGAUGUCAUUGGUUCUACCUGCAUUACCCAUCAACGAGUCAAUGACAGCACCCCCAAACCACAUUACAAUGAUGCAAAUAGACUGUGACGUAACAAACACACAGUUGCUUCAUGUCAAGAAAGGAGAUAUCCCAGCUCAUUUGAGGCAGAAUGACACAGGACACUACUCCAAUACCACAGCUUCAAAUAAGCCAGACUCUAAAGAUCAAACCGAUGAUCAUUUUACAAAUGAGAGUCAUCGUCCAUCCAUGUCCAGCUCCCAGACUUAUCGGCCAUAUUUUGUGAAGCCAAAUCACAAGAAAUUUAUAAACAAUGGUGAGUUUCCCAAUGAAUCCAAACUUGGUGUUGAAUUUGAUAACCCUAAUUCAUAUAAUAUCACCAGUCAGAGGAGAGGAGACCUCAGUAAUGUACUAUAUGCUAAAGAGUACACAAAAAGAGGACCCUAGAUUUGCAAUUAUUUAUAGAAUGUUAUAUUUCUUAAAUAUGUGGUGUAUUGUACAAAAUUUUCAUACUAUAACAUCCCAGAUUGAAUUAUCCAGUAUAGAAGUAAUAAUUUAACCGGCAUUCUCAACUAUAGUAAUAUUAUGUUAAUUUAUGAUAGCAGGCUGUCAGUCUUACUUGUGUGGUUUAUAGACAUUGUAUCAUUAAAUGUGAAAUUUGUAUUUCUGCUAGCACUGUUCAUAAUUAUAUAUAAUAAUUAAAUUUGUAAAAGAAUAACAAUGAUGCAGUGAAUUAUUUUGAUUACCGAAUAGACAGAAGUCUCCCAAAUUAAAAGGGAAGAAACAGCCUAUAACAAAAUAUGGGCAAUUUUUACAAUAACUCUUUCUCACAUCACACUAGGCUUUGUCAGUAGAUGGAAAAGAAUUUAAAGACCUCUGUAAUUUUGUAGUGUGUUCUAAUUUUAACUCAUUAUAAUUUUCUGUGAGAUUGAAACUUCAGUCUUAGAACUGAUAAUUUAUUCUGAACUAUUCUUUUAAUAUUUGGAAGCAAUGAGAUGAGAUAAAAUAGGCAUACAAUCCACAGGAACUCCUGGUGUUGUUUCAAACAAUAAUUUUACAUUCCUGCUGAACACAGGUUGCAUAAGGACCGAAGGAAAAUGCCUCUUUUUCAUGCCUUAAUUAGUACACUUUUUGUCCAGUUAAAGAUUUAAUCUUAUUACUGCUCAUAAUGUGUUCUGAAACAGUUAUUUGUUAUCAGUUCUUCUUUAGUCUUUUGUGUACUAAAUAAUGAAAAAUAUGAUAAAAUACUAUAAAUAGUAUACACUGCUGGACAUCAUUAGCAUGGAUAAUGGAUAGUCUCCUCUCCACUUUUAUUCAUGUAAAAUGUAAUAUUAAUUGAAAAUAGUGCUAUAUUCGGACAUUACUGAUAAAAAUGCCUCUGUUCUGAUUUGAGUCAAAUAAUCUGAUUAAAAUGGUUGGUACUGAGCAAGUUGCCUUGAGCAGUAACAGAUGUUAACUUGUGUUCAGGAAGUACUAGAUUCAAAACUAGGCCAGUACUUGAACUAUCCUGACUUAGAUUUUUCUUGAUUUUCUGAAGCACCUAUAGGCAGAAUGCCAGGAUGUGCCUCACCUUAGAUCAUGGUCAUUUUCUUUGACAUACUUUGCAACUCAUGUUCCCCGGUCCUUGUACAAUUAAAGACUACUUAUGAUAAAUAUCAAACACUAUUCCUGCAUAGCAACAACCAUAACAAAGUGUCACCAUUACUAACUUUAAUGGUAACAGCAAAUUAAUCUUGUAAAAGGAUUAUUAGACCUGGUAUAAAAUCUCAGCUCAGAGAUAAGCUGUGCUGAGUGAGGUUUUCCUUUCAGGAACUGGGAUAGUACCUUAAAAUAGUUGCAUCUCCCCUGUGUUCCACAUCAUUUCGAAGUCCUCAUUGUUUUUUGAAAAUAACAUUUGGAAUUGCAAUUAAUCAGAUGUAUUUUCAGUUUGUUUACAUUGCAGUUUAAGUUAGUAUCAUCCUAUAAAUAUAAAUACAGUUCUGAAGUGACUAUGGUUAAUACUUCUCAAAGCAUAAAUUAAAAGAAAUUCUCUGAACAUAUUACAUAAAUGUUUAUGUUAAUAUAAGUUUAAGAAAGUAUUUAUAUGAUUUGAUUGUAGUUAGUAUUAAGUGCUUCAAACAUACUGAGACCAAAUUCAUUUAUUAUUAUUAUUAUUAUUAUUAUUAUUAUUAUUAUUAUUAUUAUUAAUUAUUGGGGGGGGGAACAUGAAGAAAUGAAGUAAAUACAUGUCCAGUAGAUAUGCCUGGUGGUUUCUGAUGUUUCAGUAGUUUUGGACCAGUAGAAUAAAUGUUGUAAGGUACCAUAUAACUGGAAACAGUACAUCUUUUGGUGUAAGAAAUUAUUGAAGAAAGUGCUUGUAUCUUGAAAUAACGUACUUCAGAUGAUCAUGUCAGACUCCCACUGUUUCAUACAGCUGGAAAAAUUCCUAUUGCAGUGCAGUAUCACUUCCAAAAUGUCAAUUUCUUUAUGGAUUUGUCGUAAGACUGUGGGUUUUAUACUAUUCUUAAAUAUACCCAGAGAAGGAUCCAGGUCAGGCUGUCAGGCAGCCAAGACAGGUCUGCAAAGCAUGUAAAAACAUCCUUCCAUAAAUUUUUUCAUUUUAGUUAUGCCUUUAUAAAUAGUGUGGACUGUGGCCCAAUCUUGCCAGAACCAUUAAGCUCCAUGUUGAGUUAUCCUGUUUAUUCUAGGCAUCAAAAGUAUGAAACAUAUUUAAGUAGUGCUCUUCUUUGACUGUGAUAGCUUGCCCAUUGUCGUUUUGAAAGGUGUAUGGCCCAGUUAACCCAAAACACAAGAAGUACACCACAGUAACUUUUCCAGUAUGCAUAUGUCAUUGACAGAGUUUGUAGCAGUUUUCUGUGGACCUCAUCACUCACUAAAUGCAGAUUGUCUUCCAACAGAAUUGUGCAGCAGUGUAGACAUUAUUUGUUGUGGCUGGUCAUCAGUUUAAUAACUUGAAUCUUAUAGGGAUGGCAGUGUAAAUCUCUGUGAAAAAUUUAUCAAAUUCUUUGAUCAGAUAGGCAACACAUGGAAGCCUGUUUGUCUGUUUAAUGUCUUUCACUGUGCAUGCUAUGUGCCAGUAUUCAUGCAGUGUUUUCUGCUGUGUGAGCAGAAGAAGGCCUGCCUGUGGUUUUGUUCUGCGCAGAAUCUUCUUUGUGACUCUUUUAACCCCCAGAAUGAAUAUAGUUAUGAGAGGGAGCAUCUUGGUAGUGAAAAUUGAGGGAAAACUAUCACUGCAUUGUGGUAAGAGGCUUAUUUGAAUAAACAGUUCCACCACAGAGAGGUAUGCUUACGCAUAGGCCAGCACUCCAUACUGAACUAAGUUGCAGUUUCACCACUGCACUUUGGUAAAGUAACGCACUCACAACACACCAGUGGAAGUAGUAAUACAAGACCAUCACAUAUAUCUGGGGGACCCUUUGUAGCUGUAAUUAAUAGUUGUAUGUUAUGGUACUGUAAUACUGUAUUUCAUUUUUAAAUAUAGAUUGUACAAAGUAUAUUGGCCUUUGUAAUGCUAGAGCCAGUACAGUAUAUACAUAAAUAUGUAAUGUGGAAAUUUGAUACUCGAAAACUUUGCAGGAAUACAUACAUUGCAGCAUCCUCUUGUCAAAGAUACAUCUUUGACUGAUCGAUUACAUUUUUAGAGUUACGGUAUCUCUAUUCAUUAAGAUAAUUAGAUCAGGACUUUGUGGAAAAGUAUGAUUCCAGCAAGAAUAGUGGGAUUUUUAUCUUUCACAUACCAGGGAAUCCUUGUGUGGGAUCAAGGACAAAAACAUUGUAAAGCUAACUGCUUACCUCCUCAUAAUUCAUAAGCUCUCCAUGCCUCCAUUAUCUCUUCGUAGCUCAGUGUUAAGGCAUAGAGCACAGAUGGAAACCAUUUUUGUUUAAAUUAUAACAUGCAGUUAUUGUUCCUCUUUGUGGAGUAAACAGAUGGUACAGGCUAUAACAUAUUAUAGCUCUUCAUUGUAUGUAUAAGCUGUUUUUAUUGGGGGACUAUAAUUUAAAUAUAAUGCCUUUGAAGGCAAAAAAA